AUGGCAAAGGAGGAAGAAGAUGAGAAGAAAGCCAAGAAAGGGAAGAAGGGGAAGAAGGCUCCGGAGCCGGAGAAGCCCAAACGGAGCCUGAAGGGGACGUCGCGGCUCUUCAUGGGCUUCCGCGACCGCACGCCCAAGAUCUCCAAGAAGAGCCAAUUCCGCAGCGCGUCGGCCUUCUUCUGGGGCCUGCACACCGGCCCCCAGAAGACCAAACGCAAGAAGAAGGCGCGCACCGUGCUCAAGUCGACGUCGAAGCUCAUGACGCAGAUGCGCAUGGGCAAGAAGAAGCGGGCGAUGAAGGGCAAGAAGCCGUCCUUUAUGGUGAUCCGCUUCCCUGGGCGGCGCGGCUACGGCCGCCUACGGCCGCGCGCCCGGUCGCUCAGCAAGGCGUCCACGGCCAUCAACUGGCUCACCAAGAAGUUCCUCAUCAAGAAGGCCGAGGAGUCGGGCAGCGAGCAGGCCACGCUGGACGCCUGGCUCAACCGCUCCGGCUCCCGCGUGGGCUCCCGCAAGCUGCCCUUCCCGUCGGGCGCCGAGAUCCUGCGGCACGGAGGCCGCCUCCGGAGGUUCCCCCGCAGCCGCAGCAUCUACGCGGCGGGCGAGCCCGUGGGCUUCCUGCCCUUUGAGGACGAGGCCCCGUUCCAGCCCUCGGGCUCCCGCAAGUCCCUGUACGGGCUGGAGGGCUUCCAAGACCUGGGCGAGUAUUACGACUACCACCGCGACGGCGACGACUACUACGACGAGCAGUCGCUCUACCAGUACGAGGAGGAGCAGGAGCCCUACCUGUCCGGCUACGGCCCCUACAGCGCGGCCUGGCCACCCUACGGAGGCCACCCCCACGGGCACCCGCCUGAAGACCCCUAUCACUACUACCACCUGGACUAUUAUGGGGGCUCCUACCACCCCACCUACGGCUACGGCUAUGGCUACGACGAUUACGAGCCCCCCUACGCGCCCCCGUCGGGGUACGCAUCUCCCUACAGCUACUACGACGGGUCCGAGGGCGAGGCAUACCCGCACGGCUACUACGUGGAUCCUUAUGUACCUUAUGAUGCGCCAUACCCGCCCUACGACAUCGCGUAUGACCUCCCGUAUGACGGACCCUACCUCGAUCCCUACGGGGUGCCUUAUGGCGCCCCCUAUAGCGCCCCCUACGCCGAAGGCAUCUAUGCUGGCGGGGACCAGGCCAUCUACCCCCCGGCAGAGCCCUAUCUUUACCCGGAGGAGUCGUCCUUCGCGUACCCGUGGGUGCCGCCACCCAUCCUGUCGCCUCACAACCCGUACGCCCACCCCAUGGAUGACAUCGCGGAGCUGGAGGAGCCGGAGGAGGCGGGCGCGGAGCGGCCGAGCACCUCCUUCCGCUUGCCCAGCGCCGCCUUCUUCGAGCAGCAGGGCAUGGACAAGCCCGCCAGGUCCAAGCUGUCCCUCAUCCGCAGGUUCCGCCUCUUCCCGCGGCCACAGGUGAAGCUAUUUGGGAAGGAGAAGUUGGAGGUGCCCCUGCCCCCGUCCCUGGACAUCCCUCUGCCUUUGGGGGAUGCAGAUGAAGACGAGGAAGAGGAGGAGAUGCCCCCGGUGCCAUACGCCCACCCUUUCUGGGGCUUCCUCACGCCGCGCCAGCGCAACCUCCAGCGGGCCCUCUCGGCCUUCGGUGCCCACCGGGGCCUGGGCUUCAGCCCCGAGUUGGGUCGCCCCCCGCCUCGCCCGGCCACCUCGCUGGCGCGGUUCCUCAAAAAGACGCUGUCAGAGAAGAAGCCGCCCCCGAGGCUCAGGGGCAGCCAGAAGGCCCGGCUGGGAGGCCCGGCGGUCAGGGAGGCGGCCUACAAGCGCUUUGGCUACAAGCUGGCGGGCAUGGACCCCGAGCGGCCCGGCACGCCCAUCGUGCUGCGGAGGGCGCAGGAGCGCGCUCGCAACAACAACAACUCCCACCGCGCCCCGCGGCGCCGCUCUCUCCACCUGCCCUCGUGCCUCGCGCACACGUGGCGCCGGCUCAGCGAGCCGCCCACCAGGGCCGUGAAGCCCAGGGUGCGCCAGCCGUUCCACCGGCCUCCCAGCGCCGGGGCUUGGCCGGCCGCUGCGGCUGCUCCGGAGCGCCGGGAGAGCCCACGUGAGCCCGAGGACUCGGAGACACUCUGGACGGUGCCCCCGCUGGCCCCCAGCUGGGACGUGGACAUGCCUCCCACCCAGCACCCACCCUCACCCUGGCGAGGAGGUGUGGGCAGUCGGCGCGGCUUUUCCAGGCCACCACCUGUACCCGAAAACCCCUUCCUCCAGCACGUGGGCCCUGAGCCAUCGCCUGCUCCCCAGCUACAGGGCCCAGCUUCUGACUCGACCAGUGUCUUCCUGGGUAGACACCACGACCCGGGGCCUGGACAGCUGGCCGAAUCGGCUGGCCCGAGCCCCAAAAAGCCUGAAGAAGAGGCCACCUCGGAGGACCCCCAGAUACCAGCAGAGACUGAGGUCCUGACCCCAACACCCCCCAAGGAUCCCUCCCCAGAACAGAAGACACUAAGGCUUAGUCUCUCCCACCCACUGGCCUCGUGUGACUGGAAGAGGUCCACGUGGCCGCCGUGGCGCCACUGGGGGACCAUGCCCAGUGCCCCAGCCCCCUUGGUGCCCUCUGGGGCCCCGGGGCCCCUGCCCAAGGUGGGUGAGCGGUGCCAGGCAGGCCUGGGGCGUUUUGCCGUGGUCAUGCCUCAGGUGCAAAAGCUGAGCUCUUUCCAGCGCAUUGGUCUUGCCACCCUGCAGCCCCCCAUCCAGCCCACCCAGGAGCCAGAGCCCCACCCCAAGCCAAAAGCCUGGAGUCUGCUCUGGUCACACAGCCGCCUGCUGCCAGGGAAGGCCCACCAACCCUGGCCACAGGUACACAACCACCACCUGUCCUGCUGCCUGGGCCCUGGAGCUGCCUACCUGCCCCCCGGGGACCCCUGGGAAGAGGUUGGCCCCAAAAGCUGGUGGAACAAGAUGCACUCCAUCCGCAACCUGCCGUCCUCGAGGUUCCGAGAGCAGCACCGGGAGGAGGGUGUAGAGGACAUGACCCAACUGGAAGACCUCCAAGAGACCACCGUGCUGGCCAACCUCCAGAACAGAUUUGAACGGAACCUCAUCUAUACGUAUAUCGGCAGCAUCCUGGUGUCAGUGAACCCGUACCGAAUGUUUGGAAUCUACGGGCCGGAGCAGGUGCAGCAGUACAGUGGGCGCGCCCUGGGAGAGAACCCCCCGCACCUCUUUGCAAUUGCAAAUGUCGCCUUCGCCAAAAUGCUUGAUGCCAAACAGAACCAGUGCAUAAUCAUCAGUGGAGAGAGCGGCUCUGGAAAAACUGAGGCCACGAAGCUGAUUCUACGCUACCUGGCCACCAUGAACCAAAAACGGGGCAUCAUGCAGCAGAUCCUGGAGGCAACACCCCUCUUGGAGUCCUUCGGUAACGCCAAAACCGUCAGGAACGACAACUCCAGCCGCUUUGGGAAGUUUGUGGAGAUCUUUCUGGAAGGGGGCGUGGUCUCUGGUGCCAUAACCUCCCAGUACCUGCUCGAGAAGUCCAGGAUUGUGUUUCAGGCCAAAAACGAGAGGAACUACCACAUCUUCUAUGAGCUGCUGGCCGGGCUGCCCGCCCAGCUCCGGGAGGCCUUCAGCCUGCAGGAGGCCGAGACCUACUACUACCUGAACCAGGGCGGGAACUGUGAGAUCUUGGGGAAGAGUGAUGCGGGUGACUUCCGCCGGCUCCUGGCCGCCAUGGAGGGGCUGGGCUUCAGCAGCGAGGACCAGGACAGCAUCUUUCGCAUCCUGGCCUCCAUCCUGCACCUGGGCAACGUCUACUUUGAGAAGUAUGAGACGGAUGCACAGGAGGUGGCCUCGGUGGUGAGCGCCCGGGAGAUCCAGGCCGUGGCGGAGCUGCUGCAGGUCUCCCCCGAGGGCCUGCAGAAGGCCAUCACCUUCAGAGUGACCGAGACAAUGCAAGAGAAGAUCUUCACCCCCCUGACCGUGGAGAGUGCUGUGGAUGCCAGGGAUGCCAUUGCCAAGGUCUUGUACGCGCUGUUGUUCAGCUGGCUCAUUGCCAGGGUCAAUGCGCUGGUGUCCCCACAGCAGGACAUGCUGUCCAUUGCCAUCCUGGACAUCUAUGGCUUUGAGGACCUGAGCUUCAACAGCUUCGAGCAGCUGUGCAUCAACUAUGCAAACGAGAACCUUCAGUACCUCUUCAACAAGAUCGUCUUCCAGGAGGAGCAGGAGGAGUACAUCCGCGAACAGAUCGACUGGCGGGAGAUCAGCUUCGCCGACAAUCAGCCCUGCAUCAACCUCAUCUCACUGAAGCCCUAUGGCAUCCUACGCAUCCUCGAUGACCAGUGCUGCUUUCCCCAGGCCACAGACCACACGUUUCUGCAGAAGUGCCAUUACCACCAUGGCGCCAACCCACUCUACUCCAAACCCAAGAUGCCACUGCCCGAGUUCACCAUCAGGCACUAUGCAGGCAGAGUCACCUACCAGGUGCACAAGUUCCUGGACAAGAACCACGACCAGGUGCGCCAGGACGUGCUGGACCUGUUCGUGCGGAGCCGGACGCGAGUGGUGGCCCACCUCUUCUCUAGCCACGCCCCACAGGCUGCCCCUCAGCGCCUGGGCAAGAGCAGCUCCGCCACCCGGCUGUACAAGGCUCACACGGUGGCCGCUAAGUUCCAGCAGUCGCUCCUGGAUCUGGUGGAAAAGAUGGAGAGGUGUAACCCCUUGUUCGUGCGUUGCCUGAAGCCCAACCACAAGAAGGAGCCAGGCGUCUUUGAGCCAGAUGUGGUAAUGGCACAGUUACGCUAUUCGGGGGUGCUGGAGACCAUACGGAUCCGCAAGGAGGGCUUUCCAGUGCGGCUGCCCUUCCAGGUGUUCAUCGACAGGUACCGCUGUCUAGUGGCCCUCAAGCACAGCCUGCCAGCCACUGGGGACAUGUGUGUGUCGCUGCUGAGCCGCCUGUGCACAGUCAUGCCAAACAUGUACCGUGUUGGUGUCAGCAAGCUGUUCCUUAAGGAACACCUACACCAGUUGCUGGAGAGCAUGCGUGAGCACGUCCUGAACCUGGCUGCCCUCACGCUGCAGCGCUGCCUCCGGGGUUUCUUCAUCCAGCGGCGUUUCCGCUCUCUGCGCCGCAAGAUCAUCCUGCUGCAAAGCCGGGCCCGCGGCUACCUGGCCAGGCAACGAUAUCAGCAGAAGAGGAGGAAUCUGGUGAAGUUCCGGUCCCUGGUGCACACAUACGUGAGCCAUCAGCGUCACCUCAAGGAGCUGAGCAAGCGGGAGGUGGUGGCUGUGGGGCAUCUGGAGGUCCCAGCAGAGCUGGCUGCGCUCUUACGAGCGGUGGCAGGCCUCAGGCUGGCCCAGGAGCCCCGGGUGGCCCCCGUGCGGACUCCCCGGCUCCAGGCCGAGCCUGGUGUCACGCUGCCCCUGGAUAUCAACAACUACCCCAUGGCCAAGUUCAUCAGAUGCCACUUCAAGGAACCUGCCUUUGGGAUGCUGAUGGUGCCACUGAGGAUGCCCCUCACGCGGCUGCCCGUAGAGCUCCACGCGGAAGCUGUGAGCCUGUUCAAGCUGAUCCUGCGUUUCAUGGGUGACUCCCACCUGCACGGUGCCCAGGAAAACAUCUUCGGGAACUACAUUGUGCAGAAGGGGCUGGCGGUGCCCGAACUGCGGGACGAGGUCCUGGCACAGCUGGCUAACCAGGUGUGGCGCAACCCCAGUGCCCACAACGCUGAGCGGGGCUGGCUCCUGCUGGCUGCCUGCCUCAGCGGCUUUGCACCUUCCUCGAGCCUCAACAAGUACCUGCUCAAGUUUGUGUCUGAUUAUGGGCGGAAUGGCUUCCAGGCCGUGUGUCAGCAUCGCCUCAUGCAGGCCAUGGGCCGGGCCCAACAGCAGGGCUCCAAGGCUGCCCGCACCUUCCCUCCGACCCAGCUCGAGUGGAUAGCAGCCCAGGAGAAGGCUGCCAUGGCGCUGGAUGUGGGCUGCUUCAACGGUGACCAGUUCUCCUGUCCUGUGCACUCCUGGAGCACGGGGGAAGAGGUGGCUGGAGACAUUCUAAGGCACAGGGGGCUGGCAGACGGCUGGCGCGGCUGGACGGUGGCCAUGAAGAAUGGGGUCCAGUGGGCAGAGCUGGCAGGCCACGACUACGUGCUGGACCUCGUGUCAGACCUGGAGCUGCUCAGGGACUUCCCGCGGCAGAAGUCUUACUUCAUCGUGGGUGCAGAAGGGCCUGUGGCCGGCAGGGGAGGCUCCAGAGCGGUGUUUGGGAACAGCUGGGACUCGGAUGAGGAUACGCCCACUAGGCCCCAGCCCCAGGGGCACGUGCCCACAGUGGCUGACUCUGAUGGGUACUGCAGCCACAACGAGGACGGUAUAGAUGGGGAGCCGGAGGCCCAGAGAGGGACAGCAACCCACCAAGACUUUGACAGCCUUGGAGAGCCUGCUAUGCCCCACAAGGGCCUGGACUGCUACCUGGACAGCCUCUUCAACCCCGUGCUGUCCUAUGGGGACACGGACCUAGAGAAGCCAACGGCCAUUGCCUCCCGCAUGAAAGGGGGAGGCCAGCCUGGAAGAGGUGGCAGUAGCAGCGUGGAAGACACCCCCAGGAGACCCCCAGAGCCAAAGCCAAAACCAAUCCCAGGCCUGGACGCUUCCACACUGGCUCUGCAGCAAGCCUUCAUCCACAAACAGGCCGUGCUGCUGGCCCGCGAGAUGACCCUGCAGGCCAUGGCGCUCCAGCAGCAGCCCCUGGGUCCCGCCCCAAGGCCCUUGUUGCCUGAGAAACCCCUAGCGCCAGAGGCAUGGCCAACGUCGGUAGGCACUCGGCCCCCAGCCAAACCUGUGCUCCUGCGCCCGGCUCCAAAGCCUUUGGCCCCUGCCCGUCUGGCCAAGGCCCCCAGGCCCCUCACCAAGCCUGUGGCUGCCCCCAUUCUAGCUCAGGACCGGGCUUCUCCGGAAACCACUGCGCCCUGCCUGGAGCUGGUGCGGUACUCAACGCUCAACUCGGAGCACUUCCCGCAGCCCACGCAGCAGAUCAGGGACAUCGUCAGGCAGUGCCAGCAGCUGCCGCGCGGAGGCCGGCCCGAAGCCCUCAGGAAGGACUGUGGACGGGCGUUCGUGAAGCAGGCAGACCCCCAUGAGGAGGCCCUGAUGAUCCUGAAGGGGCAGAUGAGCCGUCCGUCGGCAGCUCCUGGCGCCCAGGUCCCCAGAGAGGCUGUGGCCCUGGUGAAGCCAGUGACCAGUGCACCAAGGCCAUCCGUGGGGCCCACUCCAGCGCUGCGGUCGCGGUCGCUGGAGCCUGCGGAGGAGCCCGUGCAGACGCGGCUGCACCGCCUCCCCAACCCCAACGUCUACGGCUACCACGACGCCCCCUGGCGGCUCUUCCUGCGCAAAGAGGUGUUUUACCCCAAGGACAGCUACAGCCACCCUGUGCAGCUCGACCUCCUGUUCCGGCAGAUCCUGCACGACACACUCUCCGAGGCCUGCCUGCGCAUCUCCGAGGAUGAGAGGCUCAAGAUGAAGGCCCUGUUUGCCCAGAACCAGCUAGACAUGCAGCGGCCCCUGGUGACGGAAAGUGUGAAGCGGGCCGUGGUCAACGCCGCACGCGACAGCUGGGAGGUCUACUUCUCGCGCCUCUUCCCAGCCACGGGCAGCGUGGGCACUGGUGUGCAGAUCCUAGCCGUGUCCCACACGGGCAUCAAACUCCUGCGGAUGGUCAGGGGCAGCCGGGAGGCCGGCAGGCAGCUGCGGGUCCUGCGCACAUACAGCUUUGCAGAUAUCCUGUUUGUGGCCAUCCCCUCCCAGAACAUGCUGGAGUUCAACCUGGCCAGUGAGAAGGUCAUCCUCUUCUCGGCCCGAGCUCACCAGGUCAAGACCCUGGUGGACAACUUCAUCCUGGAGUUGAAGAAGGACACGGACUAUGUGGUCGCCGUGAGGAACUUCCUGCCUGAGGAUCCGGCCCUGCUGGCUUUCCACAAGGGUGACAUCAUCCACCUGCAGCCCCUGGAGCCACCGCGAAUGGGCUACAGUGCUGGCUGUGUUGUCCGCAAGAAGGUCGUGUAUCUGGAGGAGCUGCGGCGGAAAGGCCCCGACUUCGGCUGGAGGUUCGGGAUCAUCCACGGGCGCGUAGGCUGCUUCCCUUCCGAGCUGGUGCAGCCUGCGGCUGCCCCUGACUUCCUACAACUGCCAGCGGAGCCAGGCCGGGGCCGGGCCGCUGCCGUAGCCGCUGCCGUGGCCUCCACUGCUGCUGCACGGGAGGUGGGCCGCAGGAGGGAGGGUCCCCCAGUAAGGGCUGGCUCUGCUGACCGUGAGGAGGACGGCCUGGCUCUCCCACCACACACAAUGCUCGAGUUUGCCCAGAAGUAUUUCCGAGACCCUCAGAGGAGACCCCAGGAUGGCCUCAGGCUGAAAUCCAAGGAGGGUCGGGAGUCCAGAACCUUGGAGGACAUGCUUCGCUUCACCAAGACACCGCUCCAGGAAUCCCUCAUCGAGCUCAAUGACAGCAGCCUCAACAAGAUGGCCACAGACAUGUUCCUAGCUGUGAUGCGGUUCAUGGGGGAUGCCCCGAUGAAGGGCCAGAGUGAACUGGACGUGCUGUGCGCCCUCCUGAAGCUGUGCGGGAACCACGAGGUCAUGCGGGACGAGUGUUACUGCCAGGUUGUGAAGCAAGUCACAGACAACGCCAGCACCAAGCAGGACAGCUGCCAGCGAGGCUGGAGGCUGCUGUACAUCGUGGCCGCCUACCACAGCUGCUCCGAGGUCCUCCAGCCACACCUCAUUCGCUUUCUCCAAGAUGUGAGCCGGACCCCAGGCCUGCCCUUCCAGGGGAUCGCCAAAGCCUGUGAGCAGAACCUGCAGAAAACCUUGCGCUUCGGUGGCCGUCUGGAACUCCCCAGCAGCAUGGAGCUGCGGGCCAUGUUGGCGGGCCGCAGUUCCAAGAGGCAGCUCUUUCUUCUCCCCGGGGGCCUCGAACGCCAUCUGAAAAUCAAAACGUGCACUGUGACCCUGGACGUGGUAGAGGAGAUCUGUGCUGAGAUGGCUCUGACACGCCCUGAGGCCUUUGAUGAGUACGUCAUCUUUGUUGUCACCAACCGAGGCCAGCACGUGUGCCCGCUCAGCCGCCGCACCUACAUCCUGGAUGUGGCCUCGGAGAUGGAGCAGGUGGACGGCGGCUACAUGCUCUGGUUCCGGCGUGUGCUCUGGGAUCAGCCGCUCAAGUUCGAGAAUGAGCUAUACGUGACCAUGCACUACAACCAGGUCCUGCCCGACUACUUGAAGGGCCUCUUCAGCAGCGUGCCGGCCAGCCGGCCCAGCGAGCAGCAGCUGCAGCAGGUGUCCAAGCUGGCCUCCCUGCAGCACCGCGCCAAGGACCACUUGUUCCUGCCCAGUGUGCGAGAGGUCCAGGAGUACAUUCCGGCCCAGCUCUACCGCACCCUGGCCGGCUCGGCUUGGCUCAACCUGGUCAGCCAGCACCGACAGCAGACGCAGGCGCUCAGCCCCCACCAGGCCCGUGCCCAGUUUCUGGGCCUCCUCGGCGCCUCGCCCAUGUUCGGCGCCUCCUUCUUCUUCAUCCAGAGCUGCAGCAGCAUCGCUGUGCCCGCCCCCUGCAUCCUGGCCGUCAACCAGAACGGCCUAAACUUCCUCAGCACCGAGACCCACGAGCUGAUGGUGAAGGUCCCCCUGAAGGAGAUCCAGUCGAUGCGGACCCAGCGGCCCACGGCCAGCUCCAGCUCCCCCUAUGUGGAGCUCGCCCUGGGGGAUGCGGCUGCCCAGCGCACCAUGCAGCUGCAGCUGGAGCAGGGCCUGGAGCUGUGUCGCGUGGUGGCUGAACACGUGGAGAGCCUGCUCAGUGCCCGCGAGAGGCGGCUCACGCUGCCCCCCAGCGAGAUCACGCUGCUCUGAUCCAGCGCCCAGUCCUCCAGCCGCCCUCUGCCAGAAGGCUUGCCGUGUGCCCCCAGGGGAGUUCCUGGGCCUCUCUGGGCCAGUGACCCCUAUAAGGGGCCAGAACCUUGGGGGACACCAAGAGGAGGUAGGAGGAGUAACCCAAGUCCCCAGGAACUGGAGAAGACCCAUCCAGAGGUGGGAUGGAAUUACAGCAUGCAGACUUGGGUCAGAUAGCAAGAGGAACUUUUGAAGGCUGGCCAGUGGGCCUCCUGCCACGUUCCCCUGUGGGCCCUGCCCCUGACUCCUGCCAGUGGCAGGGCAGCCCCACACCAGGGUCUAGACAAGCUGGACUUCUCCUUUGGUUUGCCCAGGGUCUGACGUUCAGGUCUGCUCCAGCUCCACAGCCCAGCCUCUCACAGGUCCUCCUCGGGUGCCCCCUCCACUGCCGCUCAGCUUGGAUUUGUGACCCUUGGUCAUUUCUGUGCAGAUAAAAGGUGUGCCUGGCAGCCCUUUUUCCAGAGUUGCUGAGUGGCUGGAGAACAAGCCUGAGGGAGGAGGCGGGAGUUGGAAAUCCACUUGUACCCUGGGCACUGCCCAUGAACAGAGCUUCUGCAGAGACAUCUGUCCUUACCUCUCCCUGCAGACCCCUGUGCUCCCACUCCACAGUCAGGUAGCCCCAACCCCAGGCCCCCAUCACUGGAUGGGCCACACAAGGUUCAAGAGUGGUAUAGUGGAGGGAGAGAGAUAUUUUUGUGUAAAGUGCUGGGGAGGGAGAAGUCUGGGAAGGGGCUUUCCAGAGUGGGACAUUGGAGUUGGGUUAUGAAGGAUGAGAAGGAGUUUGUUUCUCCUAACAGAGAAAAUGGUAUUUUUUCCCUAGGACAGUGUUUAACACAAAGUAAGCACUUAAAAAAUACUUGUCACAUGA